AUAUGUAAUACGAAACACAACGAUUGUAAGUGCGUGUUCAUAUAUCUGUCAUAGCGUAGAAAAAGCAUAAUAACAAUAUUAUAAGUGUAAAUCAGAUUAUACAAUAAUGACAGCAGUUAAGCAAAAUACAAAACGGUCAAAAUGGGCUUUGGAUUUUGCUCACAAAAAUAAGCAAGAAAAAAAUGUGGAUAUUGCUUCUCCACCAGGUUAUACACCAGCCGUUGCUUUAUUUCAUGCUGCAGAUUCCAUUAGAGAGACAGAUUCUAAUCAUUUAAUAAUUAAAAAAUCAUGGGAUCUAGCUUUAGGUCCCCUUAAACAAGUUCCAAUGAAUUUGUUUAUAAUGUAUAUGGCUGGUAAUUCCAUAUCAAUAUUUCCAAUUAUGAUGGUUGGUAUGCUAAUCAUCAGGCCAGUAAAAGCAUUAUUUGUUCUUCAACAAACAUUUAAAGUAAUAGAAGGAACUCAUGCUUUUGGACAAAAGUUUGUAUAUUUUUUGGGACAAUUGGUAAAUAUUGCAUUAGCACUAUAUAAAUGUCAAUCCAUGGGGUUGCUUCCAACACAUGCGUCUGACUGGUUAGCAUUUGUGGAACCACAAGCAAGGUUGGAAUAUUCUGGUGGUGGAUUUAUUUAUGUAUGACCUGGUUCAUCUACUCGAGGUACCUGGAAUAAAUUUAAAACGAAUUUAUGGUAUUAUUAGAUAUAAACGUAAGUACUUCACCUUACAUUUGAUUCAGUGACAAAUGAUAAAUUAUCUAACGUACCUCAUAAUUCUGACUUAUGUAUAUACCAGCAUAAACUCCAACGCUAAAAGUUAACUGAAAAUAAAGACAAUAUUUUAAAUAC